CUCUUACCAUUUGUUGUUUGGAAGACGACGAAACAUGGGCGAUUGGGGUUGCGCGUAUGCUGCUACAGGCAAACGCAAAAGUUGGCACUGUUGACAAAGCCGGUAGAAGCCCCUUAACGUUCAGUGUUUUAUUUAAGAGGGUUAAUAUCUGCGAACUGUUCCUUAAAGCUGUCGACUUCGACCUGAACCAGGCCGACGCCCUCGGAAACACGCCCUUACACUACGCUGCUUUGGUUGGCAACCUCAGCAUCUGCUCAUCGAUCCUAAACGCCACCUUACGGCACAGCUUAUCCAUCAAUGUUCGCAACAAAAUCGGUCAAACUCCAGCGGGUCUUGCAUUGCUGAAACAUUCUACCGAUUGCUACAAACUGUUUAAGAGAACGCCGAAUGUAGACUUUGUAUCAAAAACUCCUGAUGUGAUUCUUACUCGGCCGUGGAUGCGAGAGCGUCAGUUCGUGGAUUCUCCGGACCUGAUGAGGAAAGAUGCGAUAAUGGAUGUCCUGGAGGGCACGAGGAUCCAUCGAUCGCGACCAAGUUUCAACAUUCAUCAGUUUAAACGAUCGCCUGACGUAGAUUUUGUUUCAAAAUUUAGAAGAGGAACAGCCUUGCCCGCAUCGAGAAAACAACGACAAAAUAAAAGGAGAGCCCAGUCCUCGGAGCGUGGGAAGAAGAAGAUGUCAGAAAACAAGGAAAACUCUCUUCCGGACACAGAAAUCAGCUUUCCCAAUGGAAAAUCCUGGAGGAGCCUUCUUCCCGAUUAUUUAGACGUUCUUCGAGAGCAAGUGACUCCAUCAUACAGGCUUGCUGCGAAUCCAGUUACACAAAGUGUUGACGAAGCUCUUGGUUAUAAUACUCAGGAUAAAACACCAACACCCCCUGUUGAGGAAGAUAGUGGAGAGGAAACUAACCCAAUCAACCGACGUAAAAGUUGCAUGCCCAGGAUCGGGAACGCCAAAGUUCGUGCCGAAAGUUACGACGCAUUCGCCUUCCAGGGAGGAUUGGAUGGGAAACGAAAGCAGCGUCGAGAUUCACUGAAAAAUCAAGAUUUCCCGCAAGUAACAAGACGUAAAACGAUAGCACGAAUAUCUGGGGAAGGAAACGAAAGAAUAAACUUUUUAAAGGAAGCGCAGAAAGAGUCCAAGGUUCGGAAUAGAAGGCUUUCCAAAGCGGUUUCACGAAAAAGUAUAAGCAUGUCCAGCGAUUCAUCUAAUAGUAGCAGUGGUAGCGGAAAAAUUGACGUAAAACCAAGAGUAAGCAUUGCCCAAGAUAGCAGGCCUGAUCCUAGUGAAGCAUCGGUGCAGAAAGAACCGGUUAAAACUGGGAUUCUGUCGAAGAAAAAGUCGAUUUUAGCUCGUGGGUUGGACAAAACUUUGUCUGAUAUUUCCGAGACGACUGAAGAUCGUGUAUUUGGGAUGAACAACCAACAAACUGCACAGUUGAAAGCAUGAGCUUGUAUAUAGUACUGUGGGGUAAGAUAGACACCAUUAGCACAUGCUUUCCCACAUUUCUUAAAUGUGAGAAUAAGGGGUUAUAAUUCUGUAAAUAUUUUUUGUUUACUGCUAAAUGGGAUGAUAAAAGAGAAUGAAAACAUGGGUCAUCUUACCUCCAAAAUAUGUGCAAAGUUUAAAAUGCGACUUUGAGCACAAUUGUUGUACAACUUAAGCUUUUUAUCCGUCCACUAAUGAUCCCCCAGCAGUUAGCGCAAGUGUGUAGUAAAUGUAGUGUUGAUUUGAGGCAAAAUUCAAAUGAAAUUCAAUUUGUGAACCCUUUCUAUUCUAUAUGGGUGAGGUCCUACAGUGAGGCAUGCCAUGGGACCUGGGAUUUAGGCCAGAGUUGGCCCAUUACCCCAAAAUUGUAUAUGCACAUUUUAUUCUAUAUGGGUGAGAUCCUACAAUGUGGCAUGGUAUGGGACCUUGAAUUUAGCCCAGAGUUGCCCAUUACCCCAACAUAGGCACAAAAUUAAAACCUUCGUUAUAAUGUACCUUUGUUACUUUUUCUUUUCAAAUAUUGCAAACUGUGCAGUAGUAUGCUAAACUGUGAUCGAUAUUGACUUCUGUUUAUUUUGCUUUUUUAGUAAAUCACAAACAUGCAAUACUUUGUUUUAAAGCAGCAGAAACCAGUGUAUUUUUAUAUAUAUAUUUCUAAUAUAUUGGUUACAUAAUCCAUUAGUGACCACUAAGUUGGGGAAACGCAAGUUACACAGGUAAUUUUUUUAUCUCUGAUUGACGAUGCAGUUUUUCCUCUUUAGA